UAAUACCCAUAUUUUCAAUCCAGAAACAUUCUAAGGACGAUAUUGAAUCAUCGCAUUUCUAUGCGGCACAAACACUUGGUAUUGAAAAACACGAUAAUUCUACCUUCGUGCUCCAGCAGGACCCAGAUACAUUCAAGUUGAUCGAACACUAUCCUGAUACCAAACAGUCUGACGUGGGCAUGCACUUACGUGUCUAAACACAGAUACAAUCAUUUAUAAUAGAAUAAUUUUAGCCAACAUAACACCACUACUUGACUCCUGUGAUCUUAGCUCGCAGACUCGUGGCUUCUUUGUUAUGUUGAUUUCCAAGGCCGUGCCUGGAUAGUCGGAUCGGAUCGGAAUGUACCUCACAAGCCGAUCCGUCCAAGUUCCAGGCUGCAACCGAAUCUAAAUGAAAGUGUAAACCACUACUUCAAUGGGCGCAAAUAUUAACCCAGAAUUAAAAAAUCAAUUGCACUGCACCAAGUUUGAAGAAAAUCAUUUGGUACUCAUCAUGCCAAUUCCCUCCCACAUAUCGCUCAGCGCAGUACUGGCCCCUGCCCACCUUCUCGCGUACUCGACUCUCCUGGGCACGCAACUCUACCAAAGCAUCAUCAUUGUAAAAGUGGCUUUCCAAGCUCUGCCAUACGAAGCUUUCACGACCCUACAGAAAAAGCUGUUCCCGACAUAUUUUCGCUGCCAGUCGACUCUCCUCUUGCUUACAGCUACGACCAUCCCUCCUUACGGACCACUAUCGCGCGGUGCUAGAGAUUGGAGGGUCUUCGCUCCAUUAAUCAUCACUGGUAUCACAGCGGUUCUCAAUCUAGUUUAUUUCGGGCCGAAGAGUAGUCGAUUGAUGAUGGUUAGAAGGUUUCAAUCGGAGAUGGAAGCUCGCAAUGGCCCCGAAGGAAACAGUUCGAAGAGUGCGGAGAUGGAGAAACUGGAUCGUUCGUUCAAACGAGCUCAUGCGAUGAGCAUUCACUUGAAUGCCAUUGCGAUUGGCGCUACGCUUUGGUAUGGUUGGAGUUUGGCUUCUCAUUUGCGAUUUGAGUAG